AUCUUUUUAUUUCCCCUUUUUAACCCCACUCUCUCUCAUUCCUUGAAUUAAAAUCCAAACAAUCUUAUUUAACUUGCUUUUAUUUCUCCAUAUUAUCCAUCACUUUCAGCUCAAUUAACACCCUUGCCACUCUCUCUCAUCUUCAAAAAUCUCUCUUUCUCUCUCUUCAAAUUGUCAGUCUUUAAGUUUGAGUAUUCAAAUUCGAAUAUAGAUACGAUCUUGACCCAUUUCUUCGAUUUCUCAAGCUUAUUUCUUCAACCUACCAAGUUCAAAGAAAUCAUUGCUACAUUCAAAUUAAUUUCAAAUUACUCAUCAUAUGCUGCUCGUGAAUUGAUUUUAUUGAGCUGAAUAAACUGCGACAUUUGUAGUAUUUGAGCUUUGUUGCAGAUCUUUGCUUGUGAUUGUCAGUUUAGUUUCUAAUUUUGUAGUUGAAGGGGUUUAGUUUAGGUAAGAAUGAUGAAAGAUUAGGUGUUUUUGUUGUUGUUGUUGUUGUUGUUGUUGUUGUUGUUGUUAGUUGUUGGUAGUUGAGGAUUGUUAAUUGUGUUAGGGUUUUUUUUGAAGUGAUUUUGCGAUGAAUCGGAGUUUUAGAGGUCCAGAAACGUUAAUGCCGUCGAUAAGACCUAGGGUUCCGCAGUUGAAGAGUCUUCAUUCUUCGACGAUGAGAGAGAAAGAAGAUGACCUCGCAUUGUUUCUUGAAAUGCGAAAACGUGAGAAGGAGAAAAAUGAUCUUCUUCUUCAUGAUUCUGGAGAAUUAGAUGAAUCUCUAGUUUCGCAGCCUGGAAGUUCGCCUCUUUUUCAUAUUCAGUCUGCCACAACGGCAAGGAAGACAGGACCGGAUGAUUUUCUGAACUCGGAUGGUGAUAAGAAUGAUUAUGAUUGGCUUCUGACACCUCCUGGUACACCCCUCUUUCCUUCAUUGGAGAGAGAGUCUAGAAAAAGUUACAUGGAUGAAGCAGAUGCCCCAAAAGCUCAACCUACUGUACUGAGAUCAAGAUUAGCGAACUCCCAGACAGAGACCACAGAGAGAAGAAGCCUGAUGCCAAGGCAACCAACUUCAUCUACUGGGUUGACCUCUUCAGUUUCAGGAAUGCGGAGGCCUUCUUCAUCAGGGGGUCCAGGGUCAAGACCUCCCUCUUCAGGUGGUCCAGGUUCCAGACCAGUGACACCAGGAGGUGGAUCUAGACCUGCAACACCUACACGUCGAUCUACAUUAACGUCUUCUAAACCGUCAAGAUCCUCUACACCAACCUCCCGUGGCACAGUGCCUCAUUCCAAGCCCUCACUUCACUCUUCUUCACCAAAGCCAUUGACAUCAACUCGGUCCACAGCUUCUACUAGGUCUGCAGGUCCAUCAAGGUCUUCAACUCCAUCAAGAUCCACUACAGCUGCAAGAACUUCAGCUCCAUCAGCUGGGCCAUCGAGAUCUUCCACUCCUACUAGGUCUACUGCUAGAUCAGCAACACCCACAAGGUCAACUGCAAGAUCUUCGACUCCAACAGCCAGGCCUUCUGGCCCCUCAGUUCCUACAUCCCGACCCACAUCCAGAGCAUCAACUCCAACUCGUCGUCCAUCAGCACCACCAAGUGUUGCCAAUAUCGCUGCAUCUCUUAACAAGUCAUCUUCAUCAAUUAGUAGCAAGUCAGUGGGUUCAGCACCAUCUAGAAGUGCUGCACCUUCACGUGGUACCUCUCCAACUGCUAGAUCUCGUCCAUGGAACCCAUCUGAGAUGCCUGGUUUCUCUUUAGACGCUCCACCGAAUCUAAGGACAACCCUUCCUGAUAGACCCCUUUCAGCUACACGGGGUAGACCUGCUGCUUCCUCUGCUCGUUCUGCUUCUGUGGAACCUGUCAGUAAUGGAAGACAGAGACGCCAGUCUUGUUCUCCUUCUAGAGGGCGUGCCCCUAAUGGCGGCAUUCAUUCUAGUGGAAGUUCUGUUCCUGCAGUGAGCCGGGGGCAUUCCAAAGUAAAUGAUGAUGUGAGCCCUGUGGUUAUUGGGACAAAGAUGGUGGAGAGGGUGAUUAACAUGAGGAAAUUGGCACCUCCAAGGCAGGAUGACAAACAUUCUCCUGGCUUAUCUGGAAAGUCGGCGUCAUCACCUGAUAGCUCUGGCUUUGGUCGGACACUUUCUAAAAAGUCCCUGGAUAUGGCUAUUCGGCACAUGGAUAUAAGGCGAAGUAUCCCUGGAAACUUACGGCCAUUGAUGACAAAAAUUCCAGCAUCCUCUAUGUACAGUAUAAGAUCAGGGCCCACAGGAAGUAGAACGGCUAGUGUUUCCGAUUCACCAUUAGCGACAAGCAGCAAUGCCAGUUCCGAGUACAGUGUCAAUAACCACCAUAUCCCUGCCAUGGAUGGUCAUGGUAGUGAAUUGGAAGAUGACCUCGUCAGUGAACGAGGUUGCAAUGCUUCGCCUACCAUUGCGUACAAUAGGUGACACCGACAGUGUGCUCCCUAAAUCAAAUGCUUUCCCUGUCCGUCAGUUUUUUUUAUUUUCCAGGGAAAUUCAGAAACAAGUUGGUUGUCACGGAGCUGCAGGCUGUUAUGUAUCAUGUACGUGUGUAAAGUUGUCAAGCAUCCGAGAAAAUUGAAGCUUAUAUUGUUUAAAUUUAACAGCCCUUGUAUUAUUAGAAGUUAUUAGCUGAGUUAUCGUUGUAGCUGACUUUUCAGACAUCUUGCCAACUACUGAUAUUGGUAUGCUAACUAUGAAGAUCAUUGAUUCACUCACCAAAACAGCUCACAUUCUUUUUAUGUGAAGAAUUUAACACUGCAUUAUUUUAGUAGACUGCACCGAUAUUAUCAAGAUAAAAAGGAAGUGUUCAUGUAUGAUAAAGGCUUGGCUUUUGAGUUUCAGCUUAUGUGUUGGUCUAUCCACCAACCAAAAAUUUGUUUGUUUUAAG